AUGACGAUGCUGAGACCACAAAGGCUGCCAAGGCCAGGAAGACUGUGGAUCUUCGUCUCUCUCGGCGCACUCCUCUCAUUUACUCUCUUUGUCCUCGCUUCUGACUCCGCGUGGCUCCAUGAAUCGAACCAGUGGCUCGCUCUUGCCCCGUACCUCCAUGUCCAACACCAUCUUGCGGACACGCAUCCACACGAGGAGGUCGACCAGCGUCCCCCACCGCUGAAACACACACCGCGCUCGCGCUUGCAAGACGCGCUAAUCCCAUCCCAGAAAUACAUUGCCGCCCUCAACUCCGCCGGGUUCGCGAACCAGGUGAUAUCCACCCUCCACCUCAUCCAGCUCGCCCAGCGCACAGACCGCAUACCGAUCGUCCCCCCGUUCUAUCCCGCCUUCCUCUCCCAAUCCGCGUCCUUUCUCCCGUUCGGCGACGUAUUCAACGUCUCCCAUCUCUACUACCACAUCGAAGGCGGCACGCUCCCCGCGAUCCUCGAAUACACCGACCUCAAAGACACCUCCGUCGACCCGCACGACGCCACCGCGCUGACCGCUGGGCGCGCACGCGCGGCCGCAGCCGAGUCGUUCUUCGAGCCAUCGUAUUUCGGCGGGGAUCUCGAGGAUGUCGGAUGCUAUUCCCUGUCGAUGACGCAUAGCGCGGGCGGGGUGGGGCCGCGGCACAGUAAGAUAAAUGCGGCGCUCUCGCUCGACGCGUCGUUCUUGCCUGUUCCGUUUGAUCAUGAUGUGGUUCCGCAGGUGGCGGACAAGGCGUUCCUUGUGCAGCUUGCGAGUAAUCUCACUGUCGCGCGGGAGGCGCGGGAGGAGAGCGAGCGGUAUGUGCAGACUGCGGAGGCGCUGAGGCACAAGGAGGUUGUCCCUGUGAACAAGGACGUGCCGACGCUGAAUUCGAAGGGGAGACAGGUAUAUCCAACCUUGCCUGGGGAAGGGGAAAAGGAUCUGGUGUGUUUCGAUUAUCUGUAUUACACGAGCUGGGACAAGGACGAGUGGGACCUCACCCAGAUCAUCGUCCCCUCCAUCUGGACCUCCAUCGGCAGGCACCUCGUGUUCUCCGCGUCCGUGCGCGCCAUGGCGCUGCACACGCUCUCCCUGCUCCUGCCCGCCUCCGCCACGUCGGGCCUCCCGCGCACAGCAGAUGGCUUCCCGCCAUAUAUCGCCGUGCACAUGCGGCGCAACGACUUCCAGAGCGCGUGCGUCAGGGACGGUGUCCCGUUCGAGCGGUGCUUCGCCUCGCCCGCUGUAUACUCAGAACACGUCGCGCGGAUAAGGCAAGCCAUCCUCGACGACCCGGGUCGGAUAAAGCUGGAGGAGGGCGCGUCGGCGCUGGCGUUGACGACGAGGGCCGCCGUCGACAAAAUCCCCGUUCUCGCGUUCUCCGACGAACCACCACACACGCUCCCCGCCGACCUCGCGCGCUUCCCGGACCGCCCUCCCGACGCAUCCGAAUCGUUCUGGGCACAGGUCCGCGAGCUGGGCUGGCACAUCGUCGACCACUCCUCCGUGUCGCUGGGUACAACGACAGAACCGAAUCCAGCCCUGGACGCGCUCGCGCCGGGCGGUAAAGGGGGUACGUACGCAAAGUGGCGCCCGCUGGUGAUCGAUACGGCGCUGCAGGGCCAUGCGGUGGGCUUUGCGGGAACGUGGUUGAGCACGUAUUCUGAGUUUGCGGCGAGGCGGGUGGAGAGCUGGACGGGUGGUCCGGCGGUGCUGGUUAGGUGGGGGAAGGAUGCGGUUGAUUUUUAGAUUGGGCGGUGGCGGGGGUUUUGUUUUGUGGUGUGUGUGGUGCUGUGAUAUUUGAAGAUUUUUUUUAGGAGAUGGACAUUAUAAUUGCUUACGAUGAGCGCAUGGACUAUACUACCUAGACCUUUUUUUGUACCCUCGUCUUUCUGCUGUCGGUGUUUUCUUGGACUUGUUUUGAUUGCACACUACAGACAUUUACU